CCGGAUGUAGAGGCUAACUGCCGGGCGAAACGACCAGAGCGCGAGCGAGGGCUCCGAAGUGCAUGCGCAGUCGCUGUCCCUGCGCCCCCUUGCUCCCGGGCUUAGGCGUCUUGGCCGGCCGUUGGGCCCUGAGUCCGGGCGGGGCUGAAGGGGAGGCGCCUGGGCUGAGCCCACCCGCUCUCCCUCGGGAGGUGGUUAUGUCUGCUGAGGCCACGGCAGACCAGGUCCCACCCCUGGAGAAUUGUGCCCCGCUAGUCCCAAUCCAGCAGCGACGGGAUGGCGGCGGAGGGGUAGCCGGUGUGACCUUUGAUCUCAAACCCCUUAACCCCAGCAGCAAGUAUGUCAAGCUGAAUGUGGGAGGGUCACUGCAUUACACCACAGUGCAAACCCUCACCAAGCAAGACACCAUGCUCAAGGCUAUGUUCAGUGGCAGGAUGGAGGUGCUCACAGAUAGUGAAGGCUGGAUCUUGAUUGACAGAAGUGGGCGCCAUUUUGGAACAAUCCUGAACUACUUGCGCGAUGGCUCUGUCUCUCUCCCUGAAUCCCAGCGGGAGCUGGAGGAAGUGCUAUCUGAGGCCCGGUACUACUUGAUCCAAGGCUUGGUUGAGGACUGUCAGCUUGCCCUGCAGCAAAAGAGUGAGGCCUAUGACCCCCUCUGCCAUAUCCCCAUGGUGACCUCUCCCAAGGAGGAGCAGCAGAUCAUCUCAAGCUGUUCCAAGCCUGUGGUGAAAUUGCUGCAUAACCGAAGUAAUAACAAGUAUUCAUAUACAAGUAACUCUGAUGACAACUUGCUGAAGAAUAUCGAACUGUUUGACAAGCUGGCUCUGCGGUUCAAUGGCCGAGUACUCUUCAUCAAAGAUGUUCUUGGGGAUGAAAUAUGCUGCUGGUCGUUCUAUGGGCAGGGCCGCAAGAUUGCCGAAGUCUGCUGCACCUCCAUUGUAUAUGCCACCGAGAAGAAGCAGACCAAGGUGGAGUUCCCAGAGGCACGGAUCUUUGAGGAAACCCUGAACAUCCUGAUCUACGAGACGCCACGAGUGCCAGACAAGGCCCUCCUGGAGGCAACAGGUGGGGUGGCAGGUGGGGGUGGAGGCCCCCUCCGUGCAGGUGACGACGAAGAUGGGCGGGAGCACCGUGUCCGGCGCAUACAUGUCCGUAGGCACAUCAUGCAUGAUGAACGUCCUCACGGCCACCAAGCUGUUUUCAAAGACUGAUCCCGCCUCGCUCGCAAUGUCCUCAUUACUCCAUCCAUUUAGUGCCAAAGGAGGACCUGUUUUCUCCUUUUGAUCUUUCACCUCAAGGUCUUCUCAUUGAUGUUUGCAUCCUUUUCUAACCUCUCUCUCCCUCUGGGCUGCUUUUCUGCCCUCUUGCUGUCCCUUGACUUUAUUAAGCCCUCCUUUUUAUUGUGACAAUUGACCUCUUGGUCUGCCCCUUCAUUUUACUGGCAUGCUCUUUCCAGCUGUUAAUUUCCCCUAAUGCUUCAGUCUUAAACACCCAACUUCCCACUUCCCCUCACCACCCCACCUAUCUCAUAAUCUGCAAGACACCACUGAAACCUGGUUUGUGGUCCUUUAUUCAAAACCUCUUGACCCUGCGCCUUUCUAACCUGAGACCGACUGACUCUUAACUGUCCUCUAAAUUAGGCUCCAUGGAACAACAACAUUAUAACUGAGAGCUAUACGUGAGCAAAGCAUAUGAAUCAGGGGAGCCUACAUUACAUCUCAGCUUAAUACUGGGCCUCUGGUGACUUCCAUUUUGUAACACUGUUAUUGGCCUCUUUCAAAGGUCACAGACGAGGUACUACCUAGACAGGGGUGUGUCAGUUCUUACAUAAUUACCAAUUUUGAUCUCUCCAUUCUGGGGUCUUCUGCCCUUUGCUUUAUGGUACAUAGUUGUUUUUUUUAUUGGGUCAACCCCCAACCCACCCUUGGUUUCCCUUCACCUACUUUUAACUUCUCUGUUGAAGAAACUGCCUGGAUUUAUGAGAAGGCAUACAUUGUUCAGACAAAAACUGGCUACACACCAUUUAAAAGUUUUGAUAAUGGCAUUGACAUAACCAGGAUUAUACAACAUAUUUAUUGGUGUCUUUUUUUCUGGAAUAAUUUCAGCUACAUUUAGCCUCCUGUGAGCAAAGGAGAUUAAAUCCAGUGUUAAUCAGCCAUUUAAAAAAUUCACGCAUACAAACGUGGCACCUUUAACCUUUGCAUUAGAGCAGGAGGUAACAGUCGUGAAAUUGGUUCUUAUUACUUAUUGUCCUUCUGGGAAAGAUGUCAGUCAGAUAACAGCUGCUAUUUUAAAUUUUUUUGUCUGAGUCAAAAACACAGUUUCACUGUCUCUUUAAGUGUUGUGUGACCUGGACCCUGAUUCCAUCCAAACUAUUCUGUCCCACUUACAGGUACGACUUAUAUCAAAAUAUGUUAGAUGCUUCAAUC